UUAAAAAUGGAUACAAAAGAGCAACAACAGCCCUUGUUGUUAUUCACUGAUCAAUUUUGAUUGUUGUAUUGUACUUAACUUGUAUGUAGUCUGGACUACAAGUCUGAAUAAGAAAGACGUAUAUUGUGUAGUACUCUAGGGAAAGGAAAUAAUUAUGUCGGGUAUCAAAUACCCAAGCAUUAGGCGUGAUGAAAGCAAUUUUGAUACAUACCAUGGCCAGAAAAUUUUAGACCCCUAUUUUUGGCUGGAGGAUCCUGAUUCGGAUGAGACGAAAAAGUUUGUUGAAGAUCAAAAUGCGAUCACAUCAGAAUAUCUCAAUGAUUGUGAGGUGAAGUCAAAAUUCUACGACAGGUUAAAGGAGCUUUGGGAUUACCCAAAGUAUGGCUGCCCUUUCAAGAGAGGAUCAAGAUACUUUUACUUUUACAAUUCUGGCUUGCAGAAUCAGAGUGUUAUGUAUGUUCAAGAAAGUUGGGGUGCAGAGGCAAAGGUAUUUCUUGAUCCCAAUGAACUCGCACCUGAUGGCACCAUUUCAAUCAAAGGCUAUGAAUUCUCAAAAGAUUCAAAUUUGUUUGCCUAUGGAUUGAGCAAAAAUGGGUCUGACUGGUAUAAAAUAAAGUUUAAAGAUGUUUCCACUAAAGAAGAUCUGCCUGAUGUCCUUGAAAAUGUAAAGUUUUCCUGCAUGGCAUGGACACAUGACAAUAAAGGUUUAUUUUAUAAUAGAUAUCCAAAAAUAGAGGGAAAGCAAGAUGGAACAGAGACAUCAAGCAAUAAGAACCAGAAACUCUACUACCAUCGAAUGGGAACUGAUCAAUCAGAGGACAUAUUGUGCGCGGAGCUACCAGAGAACCCUGAUUGGCUACUUGGUGCAGAAGUGAGUGACGAUGGCAGAUAUGUGUUGAUUUCAGUGCGAAAUGGCUGCGAUCCAGUGAACAAGCUUUACUAUGUUGAUCUUGAAACAUUGGGAUAUGAAAUCAAAGAUCGUCUGCCUUACGUAAAACUCAUCGAUAAUUUUGAUGCCGAGUAUGAGUACAUUGCUAACAACGGAACUGUGUUUACUUUCAAAACGAAUCUGAAGGCACCAAAGUACAAGGUCAUCAACAUUGACUUUGCCAAAUCCGAAAUGGAGAGCUGGAAAACUCUUAUCGAGGAAGACGAAAGGGAUGUGAUUGAGUGGGUUGGCUGUGUAAACAAAGACAAGCUGGUGGUGUGUGCGCUCCAUGAUGUCAAGAACAAGCUGUUUAUUCAUAGCCUUGUCGACGGAACGAGGCUACGCGAACUGCCGCUGGAUGUUGGUGCUGUUAUUGGCUACUCGGGAAGAAGGGAACAGACAGAGAUAUUUUACAAGUUCACUUCUUUUUUGGCACCUGGCACAAUCUUUCAUUGGGAUUUAACUGAUGAAUCCUCAGAACCAAAGGUUUUUCGAGAGAUCGAAGUGAAGGGCUUCAAUGCAUCAGAUUAUGAAACUGAACAGGUUUUUGUUGAAAGCAAAGAUGGCACAAAAGUCCCGGUUUUCAUUAUUCACAAAAAGGGAAUCGUUCUAGAUGGCAAUAAUCCGUGCUUGCUAUAUGGCUACGGUGGUUUCAACAUUUCCAUUUUGCCCGCAUUCAGUGUCAAACGGCUGAUUUUCAUUCAGCAUCUUGGUGGCGUGCUGGCCAUUGCCAACACACGAGGCGGCGGGGAAUACGGCGAGGAUUGGCAUCGCGCUGGAACGUACGAACGAAAACAAAAUGUGUUUGAUGAUUUUCAGGUGGCUGCUGAGUAUCUUGUCAAAAACAAGUACACAUCUAGUGAGAAGUUGGCAAUCGAGGGUGGUUCCAACGGUGGUCUGCUUGUGGCUGCAUGCGCAAACCAACGCCCCGAGCUAUAUAAAUGCGUCUUGUGUCAUGUUGGAGUUCUGGACAUGUUAAAGUUCCAUAAGUUUACGAUCGGACAUGCCUGGAUUACAGACUUUGGCUGUGCUGACAAAGAAGAUGGAUUUGAAUAUCUUAUUAAAUAUUCACCUCUGCACAACAUCCGCAAACCUGAGCAAGAGAAUUCCCAGUAUCCUGCUAUGCUACUCUUAACCGCUGACCACGAUGACCGAGUUGUACCACUGCAUUCGUUCAAGUUUAUUUCUGAACUCCAGCAUGUAAUGGGCUCAGCAGAAAACCAGACCAAUCCUUUGUUGAUAAGAAUCGACACGAAAGCAGGCCAUGGCGGAGGCAAGCCAACUGCCAUGCUCAUUGAAGAAGCGGCCGAUUCAUAUGCAUUCUUGGCGAGAAAUGUCGGGGCUGUUUGGAAGAACUAGGGUGCAACUACGCUGUCUAGGCCUGGUGAAGGGGGCGGCAUUUGAAGGGGGCAACAGAAUCAAUGGAUGGUGCAUUAAAUCGGCAUCAAUUUUUAGGUAGAGAAAAUUUUGAAAAUAUGCGAGUUUUAAUAUUUAUCUAUCAAGUAAAUUGAAUUCAAAUCCAAACUUAUAAAACUGAGAUAAUGUAUUUAUAAAAAGUACUCUAUGA